AUGGCUGAAGAGUCAGAAAGACUUUCGACAAAUGUUGUACCUGAACAUUAUGUUUUGGAAUUGGAUUUAGAUCCAGGUGUUUCUGGUUAUACAGGAAAAGUUACAAUUAACUUGAAGAUAAAACAGCAAACAAACUGUGUGAUCCUAAGUUGUCUAGGAAUAAAUAUCAAAAAAGCAACAAUAAGCCACUGCAAUGGAAAGGAGUGUUCGGACAAUAUAUCCUUCCAAGAAAAAGACGAAAGAGCAACUAUACAAUUCAAAAAAUGCAUUCCCAAAGGAAAUGCAUGUUUGAUCCUAGAAUUUGGCAGAGAAUUUCACGAAAUUUCAGCAAUUUGCAAAUCAACAUUUGAUACUUGCAAAGGGACAAAAACAUACGUUAUCAGUCAUUUUGAGCCCAACAGGGCCCGUGAAGCUUUCCCUUGUUUUGAUGAACCAGCUCUGAAGGCAACUUUUGACAUCGUCAUGAAAGUUCCUGAAAAUUUGAUGGCUUUGUCCAAUAUGGAUGUCCGAGAAGAAGAGGUAAAAUGUGGUUGCAAAACUGUUUGUUUCAACACAACCCCUAAAAUGUCAACUUAUUUACUGGCAUUUUCGGUCGGAGAGUUUGAGUAUAUUGAAAGUCAAACAGGAAGUGGUACUAAGGUAAGGGUCUAUACGCCCCCAGGGAUGAAAAAAUAUGGUCAAUUCGGCCUUGAAGUGGCAGUAAAAGGUUUAGAUAUUUUUUCGAAACUUUUUGACGAACCUUAUUCGUUGCCAAAAUUGGAUUUGGUGGUUACCAAAAAUUUUGCGAGUGGUGCCAUGGAGAAUUGGGGACACAUUUCAUUUGGAGAUAUGUCUAUGAUCUUCAACAAAAACGAAACUCCAACAGUUUGGAAAUCGUCAAUAUCAGGAACGGUUAUUCACGAAUUGGCACAUUUGUGGUUUGGAGAUCUUGUCACCAUGAAUUGGUGGAGCGAUUUGUGGCUAAACGAAGGCUUUGCUUCAUUCUACUCCGUUCUCGGAAAAUAUCGAAUACUUCCUGAAAUUGAUCCUUGGAACGGAUUUUUGCUGCACUUUUAUGCAGCAAUGGCUGCAGACGAAAUGCCUGGGGCUGCACCGAUUGUGCGAAAAGUUGGUUCAACUUCUGAUGCCCAAGCAAUGUUCAACGCCUCCAGCUACUCCAAAGGUGCAACCAUAAUUCGGAUGCUAAGAAAUUAUUUGGAGGAAGAUUAUUCUAAGGGAAUUAAAAAUUAUAUACAAAAAUAUAAAUUUCAAAGCGCUGGAACAGCAGAUUUGUGGAAAGCUUUGGAAGAAGCCAGUGGAAAACCAAUAGGUUGCAUGAUGAACGCCUGGGUAAACCAACCGGGUUACCCUUUGCUGACAGUAUCAGAAACGCAUUGCGGAACCACAAGAACCAUUAAUAUAAAACAAGAAGUGUUCACCAAAAGUACUGACCAGGAGGUACCUCCGAUGCAAUGGACAAUACCCAUAACUGUCAUGACUUCUAAAUGCCCAACUGGAUAUACCGUCAGCACUUUGAUGGAAUGUCAAUCGACGUCUAUGACUGUUGAAGAUUUGGCACCAUGCGAUUGGGUGAAAUUAAAUGUAGGAACCAUGGAUUAUUAUAGGGUUCUGUACCCGCCAGAAAUGAUGGAUAAAUUUGGGCCAGCAAUAGAAGGUUUGUCUAUGCCAGUUUUGGACAGGAUUGGUUUGUUAGAGGAUAUGUAUGCGAUGGCAAGUUCUGGCAGAAAGACCAUGGAAACGGUAAAAUGUGGUUGCAAAACUGUUUGUUUCAACACAACCCCUAAAAUGUCAACUUAUUUACUGGCAUUUUCGGUCGGAGAGUUUGAGUAUAUUGAAAGUCAAACAGAAAGUGGUACUAAGGUAAGGGUCUAUACGCCCCCAGGGAUGAAAAAAUAUGGUCAAUUCGGCCUUGAAGUGGCAGUAAAAGGUUUAGAUAUUUUUUCGAAACUUUUUGACGAACCUUAUUCGUUGCCAAAAUUGGAUUUGGUGGUUACCAAAAAUUUUGCGAGUGGUGCCAUGGAGAAUUGGGGACACAUUUCAUUUGGAGAUAUGUCUAUGAUAUUCAACAAAAAUGAAACUCCAACAGUUUGGAAAUCGUCAAUAUCAGGAACCGUUAUUCACGAAUUGGCACAUUUGUGGUUCGGAGAUCUUGUCACCAUGAAUUGGUGGAGUGAUUUGUGGCUUAACGAAGGCUUUGCUUCAUUCUACUCCGUUCUCGGAAAAUAUCGAAUACUUCCUGAAAUAGAUCCUUGGAACGGAUUUUUGCUGCACUUUUAUGCAGCCAUGGCUGCAGACGAGAUGCCUGGGGCUGCACCAAUUGUUCGAAAAGUUGGUUCAACUUCUGAUGCCCAAGCAAUGUUCAACGCCUCCAGUUACUCCAAAGGUGCUACCAUAAUUCGAAUGUUAAGAAAUUAUUUGGAGGAAGAAGAUUAUUCUAAAGGAAUAAAAAAUUAUAUACAAAAAUAUAAAUUUCAAAGUGCUGGAACAGCAGAUUUGUGGAAGUCUAUGGAAGAAGCCAGUGGAAAACCAAUAGGUUGCAUGAUGAACGCCUGGGUAAACCAACCGGGUUACCCUUUGCUGACAGUAUCAGAAACGCAUUGCGGAACCACAAGAACCAUUAAUAUAAAACAAGAAGUGUUCACCAAAAGUACUGGCCAGGAGGUACCUCCGAUGCAAUGGACAAUACCUAUAACUGUCAUGACGUCCAAAUGCCCAACUGGGUAUACCGUCAGGACUUUGAUGGAAUGUCAAUCGACGUCUAUGACUGUUGAAGAUUUGGCACCAUGCGAUUGGGUGAAAUUAAAUGUAGGAACCAUGGAUUAUUAUAGGGUUCUGUACCCGCCAGAAAUGAUGGAUAAAUUUGGGCCAUCAAUAGAAAGUUUGUCCUUGCCAGUUUUGGACAGAAUUGGUUUGUUGGAGGAUAUGUAUGCGAUGGCGACUUCUGGUAGAAAGACCAUGGAAACGUUUUUCCAAUUCCUAUGCCACUACAAAAACGAAGAUUCACCAUUCGUCUGGGAAUCCAUUGGUAACAUUUUAAGAAAAAUGCACAGUUUGGUGUCUAACACGGAUUUAAAAAAUGAGUUCAAACAAUUUGUCUUGAAUAUGUUUUGUGAAAUCAAGAAAAACGUCAGCUGGGACGACAGAAGUUGUGAGCCCUUUUCCAUAACUAAAAUGAGGGAUUUGAUUUUGACUUGUCUUGUUGAAUUUGAAGACGAGGAAACUAUCGAGAAGGCAAAAAACAGAUUUAAACAAACAAUUCGUGAUGACCAAAAAAUCAGCCCUGAUAUAAUGCAUCCCUUGAUGAUAGGGGUGAUGAAAACAGCAGAUUGUGCAACUUUUGAUCAAGUCGUCAAAAUUAAGGAUCAGAUGAAGACUAACUUCACCAAACAUAAAAUUCUGAACGCAAUGAGUUUUGCCCAAAACGACGAAGUAAUCCAAAAAGUACUAGACUACGGCCUAAGUCGUGAGGACGAAUUCGAGCACCUUCUGCCACAUAUUUGCGACACGUCUCGAGGACGAACCUUAUGUUGGAAAUUUGUGAAAGACAACCAGCAGCAAAUUGCCAAAAUGUACAAAUCGAAAGUCCGAACAGGUUUUGUGGUGAAAAUGCUGAUUGAUAAAUUCGCCUGCGAAUCCAAGGCGAAUGAGAUCGAGUGUCAUUUUAAGGAAAAUCCGAUGCCAGAAGCAGCAACUGCAAUUGCUGCAGCAGUCGAAGGGAUUAGGUUAAAAUGUAUUGAUUUAAAAAAAAUCAACACCAAAAUGUCUUCAACAUUCGAACGACUUCCAACAAAUAUUGUUCCAGAGCAUUAUCUCUGCGAAUUUGAAAUAGAUCCCUGUGCAAACAGUUUUAAAGGAAAAACAUCCAUAAAUUUACAGAUAAAAGAAAAAACAAGUCGUGUAGUUCUAAAUUGUCUCGGACCGGUCAUCAAAAAUGCAACUUUGAACCAUUCAGAAGGUUGUGAGUCUACAGAAGACAUUUGCUACAGUGAAGAAGAAGAACGUGCUACAAUAUUAUUUAAAAAUUGCAUUCGUGAAGGAGGAGCCUGUUUGAAAUUGGAAUACACCAAAGACUUCACAGAUACUGUCAAAGGGAUAUUUAAAAGCACCACCAUCACACCCAAAGGAAACGACACAAGUAUCAUAAGCCACUUCGAGCCAAAUGCAGCCCGAGAAGCCUUUCCCUGUUUCGACGAACCUUCCCUUAAGGCAACAUUUGAUGUCGUCCUCAAAGUUCCACAAUGUUACCUGGCUUUGUCCAAUAUGGAUGUCCAAGAAGAGGAAGUAAAAUGCGGUUGCAAAACUGUAAGAUUCAACAGAACUCCUCUAAUGUCAACCUAUUUAUUAGCCAUAGUCGUUGGCAAAUUUGAUUUUGUGGAAGGAUGUACCAAAAAAGGUGUCAAGGUGAGAGUCUACACGCCCCAGUUCAAAAAAAGACAAGGCCAGAUGGCCAUGGAAAUCGGCGUCAAAUGUUUAAACACAUUUUCGGAACUUUUUGAUGAACCUUACCAUUUGCCCAAAUUGGAUAUGGUACCGAGCACCACUUUUGGCGCUGGUGCUAUGGAGAAUUGGGGACUUGUUAUAUUCAAAGAUAUAUAUUUAUUAUAUAACGAAGAAGAAUCUCCAGUCUACGUCAAAACUGAUAUCGCUGAAGUCGUUAUUCACGAAUUGGCACACAUGUGGUUCGGGAAUUUAGUAACCAUGAAAUGGUGGAAUCAUUUGUGGCUCAACGAAGGUUUUGCCACGUUUUAUUCGCAAUUGGGCAAACAUUGCACAAAUCCUGAAUUCGAGGCUUGGACGGAAUUUUUGACCACGACUUUUUAUUCUGCAAUGUCUGCUGAUGUGGUGCCGAAUACUCAUCCGAUUGUGCGAAAUGCUGGUCCUACUGCAGAAAUAGUCAGAAUGUUUGACUCCAUCACGUACCAAAAAGGCGGUACAGUCCUGAGAAUGCUCAGAAACUUUAUGGGCGGUGAGGAUUUCAAUAAAGGCAUCAAAAAUUAUCUGAAGACACACAAGUUCAAAAACGCCGAAACGUCUGAUCUUUGGCGAGCUUUGGGAGAAGCCAGUGGAAAACCCAUAGCUGCUAUGAUGAGCACAUGGGUUGACCAACCGGGUUACCCUUUGUUGACAAUUUCCGAAAACCAAAGUGAAAAUAAAAGAGUUAUCAAAAUCACCCAAGAAGUCUUCACCAAAGAUACUGACCAGGAGGUACCAGAUACACAGUGGAUUAUACCAAUUUCGGUGCUCACUUCUAAAUGUCUCUGUGGGUCAACUGUUAGUACUAUAAUGGACAGUUCAUCAAUAUGUGUCACAAUUGAAGACAUGACACCAUGCGAUUGGGUAAAAUUAAAUCCAGGAACCAUGGACUACUAUAGAGUUCAGUAUCAUCCUCAAAUGCUGGAUAAAUUAAUUCCAGCAAUAGAAGAUUUAUCCAUGCCAGUUUUGGACAGAAUUGGUUUGCUGCACGAUUUGAAUGCCAUGUCAACAUCUAACAGAAGAUCUAUGGAAACGGAAAAGGGUCAGCUGGGACCCUAA